AUGUCCGGCUGGACAAGCGACCGCGCCCGCGACCGCGACCGGGCAGCCCGAAAGGGCCGGGACGGCCCUCGGGCACGGAGCGUCGGGGCCGUCCGUCAAUUUGGGGUUACGGCGUCCAUGCAUGCUGCCGUCAACAUCGGCAUCGGGGCAUUUGAUGUGGACCCGGAGUGCGUCAGUGCAAGCGGCGACUCGGCUCUCCUGCCUGGCGAGACACAGCCUCUGCCGGUGCACAUCCUCCCGGAGGCCACGGAGUAG